AUGGCCUCCAUUUCUCAGAGCUCGGAGCUCAUCUGCACCUACUCAGCCCUUAUCCUGCUUGAUGAUGAGGUGAUGGUGACAGAGGAUAAGAUCAAUGCCCUCAUUAAAGCAGCUGGUGUAAAUGUUGAACCUUUCUGGCCAGGCUUGUUUGCAAAGGCUCUGGCCAAUGUCAACAUGGGGGGCCUCAUCUGCAAGGCAGGAGCUGGCGGACCUGCCCCAGCAGCUGGUGUGGCUCCAGUAGGAGGUCCCUCCCUUGUCACCACUGCUACCCCAGCUAAGAAGAAAGUGGAAAUAAAGAAAGAAGAAUCUGAGGAGUCCAAUGAUGACUUUUGUCUUUUUGAUUAAACCUCUUUUGUAACACACUCAAUAAAAAGCUGAACU